AAUAUCUCACAUAUUUUUCCUGGUUACAGUUUAAAGGGCACUUCUGUUUGUGGAGUAAAGCCAUAGUUUGAUACACAUUAUCAAACUAUGUAACUGGAGGAUUACAGUAUGCUUACCUCUGAUUUUAUUUCUACACCGCUGCUAUAAGUAACAAUGAGUAAAUCGACAAAAUUAUGUCGUAAGACUUCUUGUCCAAGAAGCAAUAUAUUCUGUAAUCUCCUUGACAAAAUUGUUAAAAGACCCUCUUUGCAGUUUUUGGGUCAGUGGGGAUAUCACUGUUAUGAACCUAGGAUUUACAGGUCACUGGCAAAAAUUCUGAGGUAUGUGGAUUUGGAUGGUUUUGACGCACUACUCACAGAUUACAUUGCAUUUGUGGAAAAAUCAGGAUACCGUUUUGAAGUAAGUUUUAACCUCGACUUUACUGAAAUAUGUGUGAAUACAAUUCUGUACUGGGUUUUUGCCAGAAAAGGUAAUCCUGACUUUGUGGAAUUGCUUCUCAAGAAGACAAAAGACUAUGUUCAAGACAGAAGCUGUAACCUGGCACUGAUAUGGAGAACUUUCACACCAGUAUACUGUCCAAGCCCAUUAAGUGGCAUCACACCUCUCCUUUACGUAGCUCAGACAAGACAGUCUAAUAUCUUUAAAAUAUUACUGCAAUAUGGAAUCUUAGAAAGAGAAAAAAACCCUAUCAACAUUGUCUUAACAAUAGUACUCUACCCUUCAAGAGUGAGAGUAAUGGUUGAUCGUGAAUUGGCUGACAUCCACGAAGAUGCCAAAACAUGUUUGGUACUAUGUUCCAGAGUGCUUUCUGUCAUUUCAGUCAAGGAAAUAGAGACACAGCUGAGUUUAGGAAGACGUCCAAUUAUUUCAAAUUGGUUUGAUUACAUUCCUUCAACAAGAUACAAAGAUCCAUGUGAACUAUUACAUCUUUGCAGAAUAACCAUCAGGAAUCAACUAUUAACCAACAAUAUGCUCCCAAAUGGAAUACUUUCACUUCUAAUUCCUGCUCGUCUACAGAACUAUCUGAAUUUAGAAAUCUAACACACAUCAAUGUCCUAAGUUCCUUAACAAUGCUUACCAAAGUAUGGCUUAGAAGUUAAUAAAAAUUAACUUCAAGUAA